AUGUCUCCCGCCAUCAAGUUUGCUCUGCCAAUGCUGGCUGCUGCUGGCUCCGCAUACGGUACUCACACCGCUACCUCAACCAUCCAGAACCAAGGCGACGCAACCGGCAUUGCAUCCUGCAAAACCUUUUCUGGCAGCAUCGCUAUCAAGACUGAUGUCGCUUCACCCAUCAACCUCGACGGCGUCAAAGUCAUCGAUGGCAGCCUCGAGAUCAACAAUAAUAGCGCUAUCCCUCAACUCGGGGCUGACAGCCUGGAGGAGAUCACGGGAGACUUCAUCCUUAAAGAGGUCCCCUCACUUAACUCCAUCUCAAUGCCCAAGAUCAAGCAGGUCAAGGCUAUCCGAUGGAGUGGCCUUCCUAACCUCCGCGCCCUGGGCUUCGGAGGCCCCGUCGAGAAGGCCGAUGUUGUCAUCAUUGAGAACACGCAGCUCGUGAACUUGGAGGGUCUCAAUCUCUCCUCCGUCAACUACAUGCUCAUUGCCAACAACCAGUUGAUUGACAGCAUCGACAUGAAGCUGGAGCACGUCGACGAGUCCCUUACCAUCACCGCAAACAGCCCAGAGCUCAAGGUUACUUUCCCGAACCUGGUCUGGGCCUACAACAUGACUUUCCGCAACUGCUCUACCGUCGAGGUCCCUUCCGUCGAAAAGUUGAACAACUCUCUGAACCUCAUCGGAAACGUAUUCGACAGCUUCCAUGCACCCAACCUUACUGAGCUGGGCGGUGCUCUUGCCAUCGUCUCCAACACCGAGCUCACGAAUCUCACCUUCCCUGAGCUUACCAAAGUCGGCGCCAACCUUCAGAUUGCCAAUAACACCAAGCUCAGCGAAAUCAAUGGUUUCCCCAAGCUGAAGACCAUCUCGGGCGCUCUUGACUUCAACGGCAAUAUGUCCAAGAUCGAUAUCCCCAACCUGUCCGACGUAAAGGGUACCUUCAAUAUCCAGUCAACCGGCGACGUGCAAGGUACCUGCGACGACUUCUUCAAACCCCUCAAGAGCAAGGGCAGGAUCCAGGGCCCUUUCGUUUGCAAGGGUUUCGUCGAGAAGCCUGGCGGUGAGGGUACCGAUCCCAAGGUUACCGGAAACCCGAAGAAGACUGGCAGUGCGUCUACCGCCAACGCUCCCGCCAGCGCUCUCCUCAUUGGUCUGGCCGCGGCCUUCUUCUUGUGA